UCUGAAUCUGAGUCCCAAUGGCUGCUCAUUGUGCCAUCUGUAAUCGGUCUUUUGGCAGCGAAGAUGCACUUGCCCAGCAUAUCCGCGACUCUCCAGCACAUAUUCAGACUUUCGAGUGUGACACCUGCGAUCGGUCUUUUGGCAGCGAAGAUGCACUUGCCCAGCAUGUCCGAGACUCUCCAGCACAUAUUCAGACUUUCGAGUGUGACACGUGCGAUCGGUCUUUUGGCAGCGAAGAUGCGCUCGACCAGCAUAUCCGCGACUCGCCAGCACAUAAUGUUAGGUGUGACGCUUGCGAUAUGUCCUUCGACAGUCGACAUGCACUCAGCGAGCAUGUGAAGGUUUCAUCGGCGCAUAGAACUUUCUUUGAAUGCGACCUCUGUAAUCGGGGCUUUGGUAGCCCAGAUGUGCUGAGCAAGCAUCUACGAAGUCGACACAGGCUUCGAGAUAGCGCACACACUUCCUUGGACGGAUUUGUCGAACCGUCUGUCGAAGCGUCAUCAACGUACAUGUAUCCGCUACUUCAUCCACAAGUUGCAAGAGCGACGAUCGAACAUCUUCCAUCCAUCUGGUGGCAAGCAGAAGACGACGAGGGAAAUCUCAGCGACAAGAAUUUUGCGACAUACGUCAGGGGCGGGUUCAGGUGCCAGAACCAAUCCUGCCGUUCAUCCUGUUGGGGCAGUGGAAUGAUAGCCAUUUCGAUUAGGGGGUACGCGGGCGACGGAUAUAACGCGAUGGUGUUCGGUCAGCGAUGCAAGUUUUGUAACUAUUUGGGGAUUUUCUCGCUGGAUGAGCAGUCAUAUAUUGAUCGCGUCGCGUACAGGCUUAUGAAGUGGGCAGGCGUACCGAUGGAGCAACCAGUCUUCCAACAUAGGACUACACUACCACACAUGAAUGACCUCUGCGAGGCUUGUAGAUUAGGAGUUUGCCGUCAGUCGCCCUCUUGAUUGGAAUUUUGGUACAAACUCCUGAAAUGCUAUUGCUCAGUCAUAAUCCAAGA